CUCUAAAGAGAGCACAUUGAAAGGGAUGGAAAUAAUACCCCUGCAUCUUACCCAAUGCGCAUGUCCGUAACUCCUCCAUUGUCAAAACCACAUAACCUAAUUCGCUUACAAUAAAUAUUAAUAACACUGUUUAUUAAAUUAAAUUAAUGCUAAAAGCAAACUCUAAUGCUAGCGUUUUUAAUUUGUGAUGUGCUGUAUUGAAAUUAAAAAUAAAUGGCAAAGUAUUGUUAUUUUAACUGGUGAUAAACAAGUGUGUACAAAUAUGCAGACAGUGCAUUUUAUUCGAAUUCAAAACUAAAUAAACGCGUCAGUGUUUUAAAAAGUGUAGUAUUACAAUCAGUCAGUGAAUUUGCAAUGUAAAUAUAGCAAAUGCAUUUGUUAUUCCAUCGAAAGGUCAUUGUUCUUUACAGAGAGGGUGUAAAUAUCGAUUUUACGCAAAUGGCGGGCAGUUUGAAAGUUCCUUCGACAAAACAAUAGAAUAAAAAGAAAAAAUGACAGGAAAACGGACUUGAUUGUGUUUUGCUUUUAAAUCGUAGUGGCUAAGGUUUUAUUUAAAGCCAAGUUUUUAAUAGUGAAGAUAUGCAAGCGUGCGGAGUGAUGCAAUUGGUACAAUAUGAAGUAUCGACACCACAGUCUACGAUCGCGGGCGAUGUGGCACAACACUACGUGGCGCCGCCGCCGUAUUUUGCGGCCGUCAACUGCGCCACCACCGCGCCCUGCCGCCGCCACAAGUACGCGUGGUGGUGCGUCGGCUGCGGAGCCCUGGCUGCCGCCCUUGGGGGCCUGCUGGCGCUGCAGCACAUCAUAGUGCGUGUCUACACCGCGUCCCCGCAGCAUCUUGAAACUGUGCCCGCUGCGGUACCAGCUGCUAUGCUGGUGCUAACCGGCGUGUGUAUAAUGAGUCUCGCCCGCCGCCGCAACCGAUACAGCUAUAUGGUAAGAAAAAUCAAAGUAGUUGGUGCUUGCUGCCUGGCCUGCGCCCUGACUUGUGUUCUGGUCACCAUCACGACAACAUACAUACAUAUGAACAAGCUACAAAAGCUGCAACACUGCGAAUACACUAAGAAGGCAAGGGCGUGUACCUGCUUCUCUACACGCCCAGACACCGUUCACGUCGGCAAGGAAGAUGAACUGCGUUGCGUGUUCGAAGGCGUGUCGAGUUGCGAGGUCGUGCGCGGCGCGUUGCUGAUAUGUCUCCGCGGUGUCUUCGGUCUGUCCGUGUGUGCGGUGCUCGUGUGCAUGUUCAGCUCCAUGCUCGCUUACCAGUUAUUACGACAUGAACGCAAGAAGAUGUACUGGGAGCAGCUGGAGCUCCGUUGCCGUUCCUUGUAUCGUCCACCUACAGGUCAACAGCCACAGCCUAGAGCCGUCCAGCCAAGUUGCAGCUGCUGCGCUCAGUGCCACCCCACGCAACCCGCCUGGGACAUCAGCCUGCAGCACAGGUUCUGGGCGCCUGGUCGCAUAGGAAACCUGUACUCACCAAACCCUGGUACUGUAAGGAAGACUUCUGCGUGGAGUUGGUUCCCGUGGCCUAGGAGCAACAGCCAAAACUCUCGCUGCCGCAUGGGCGUACCUCAAUCCGGAGACAGUGCUUACGGCUUCUGCGAGACGGAAACCCCCACCAACCCUCAAGUAUUCGAGGAGCGGUUCCCGGCCAACUUUCAGACCUUCCAGAGGAACCAAGCUGGCUUCCAAAGCUCUGGGACCUUCCAGAACUAUCCAGCUCAGAUACAACAGGCAUAUCAAGGACAAUAUCAGGUGGAAGGAUUUGGGGAAGCCAGCGGCAGUUUCGACGCCCAAACUGGAGUGUGGGGCCCGCCGCCGCCGUACAGCCCUCAAGGGCGGAGCGGCAGUCGACACCAUCUCCAUCAAGACCCAGCCGCCGCCACCCUCCUCCACCACCACCACAUCGACGUCCACCGCAACUCAACCCACGAGCACACCAUGCCCCACACCUGCCGCAACUCCUACAUGCUACAGAGCCCGGAUAUCCGGACCGACAUAAGAGAGAGACCUAACGACCCCAGGAUCCAGGACCCCAGGAUAGCUACUGAGCUCGUAAGAAUGAAUCCGGAUAUAGCAAGGAUCAAUCCGGAUAUGAUCCGGAUAAAUCCGGAUAUGGCGAGAAUCAAUCAGGAACUUAUAAGAAACCAGGAAAUAGCUAGGAUCAAUCCGGAACUCAUUAGAAAUCAAGAAGCUAGGAUAAAUCCUAUAAAUCCGGAUAUGAGGAUGAAUCCGGAUAUGGUGCUGAAUCCGGAUAUGAGGGAUAUGCAUUUGGCGCAGAUAUAUCCGCCGGAGGAGUUGGCUAGGUUGCAGGAGAUGCAUUUACCCGAAGGGAGGUUCAAUACUUUGAGGGGACAUUUGGUGCCAUAUCCAUGUCAAAGAACGCUAGGAAUGAGCGCGGGUAAUCUGCACAGAGACUGUCGUAUGGAAGACAACGUUGCCAUUGAGUGCUUACAUCAAAAGAGCGCUAGUAAAGUUUCAGAUCAAAGCAGUGACUCGUGCCCUCCUAACCCGAAGCAGGGGAAAGAAAACUUAGGCUUCCAGAAUGACAAGCAUUCCCCCAUUCGGUCUUCUAUGCAAGAUUGUCAUCGCGGGAACCAGAAUGCUGAAUCCGAGGUGUAUUUCGCCGACGUGUCUAGCUGCUGCAAUGUUUCUGUAAAGGCGGAUUGCUGCAUGAACUCAAAUGUAUCAGCCCUCGUUGGCACCAUUGAAAACCACCCUGAGUCCACCUCCGAGUCAGACACAGGCUCGUUUACCCUAACGCGACAACAGCGCCCCCAACCGCAGGUCGGCUCCAAGCGUCGUCCGAGGCAAGAAAAACACGCAAAACAGGCAAGAGAUAACAAUUCUCUAAGAUUGACAGAACAACAAAUAGAACAGCUCAAUAACUCCAUGAGAAUGAGCAUGAAUGAUUCUAGGAUCAGCGAAAGAAUGAAUGAUUCUAGAAUCAGCGGAGUUAAUGAUUCUAGAUUGAGCGAGAGAAUGAAUGAGUCUAGAAUUAAUGAUUCUAGGAUCAGCGAACGAUUGAAUGAAUCUAGAAUUAAUGAUUCUAGAAUAAGCGGUAGCGCCAAUGAUUCUAGGUUAAGCGGAGCGAUGGAGUCUAGGAUCAGUGAUAGAAUGAAUGAGACGCGUUUAAGCGAGCGCUUAAACGAUUCUAGAUUAAGCGAUAGGCUUAACGAGACUAGGUUAAGCGAGCGUGCGAUAAGCGAUAGAAUGGAACGCGACCGGGAUUCUAGAAUGAGCGACACUAGAAUGAGCGGUCGUAACGAUUCUAGGGAUCGCUUGAACGAUUCCAGAAUCGAACGAGACGAAGGUAGUCCUAAAAUGCGUCAGCUCAGAAUACCAAGAUUUAGCCCUAAACCUAACCAUCCUAGACAAUUGAGUUCAGAGUCUAAUAAAGCUGAUUUUUUUGCGCCUCCACCGCCAAAUCAGCCAUUAUCCCCUACUGUGGAAAAGCCGUUAUUGAAUGAAGAAAAUCAGGUAUAUUCUAACGAAGCUGAGACAGCUUGUCUCGGUCCUGACUCUCAAUAUGAAAGUGUUCGGGAGGAGAAAGAUGAAAUUAAAGUACAUCAUCAUAGACAUUGCUAUAGUGAUACUAAUACUAUGGACUCGGGAUGGCAGAGUGGCUCUGAAAAACAGGUCACUGACUAGAAAACACCAUAAAACGCAUUUAUCUUAUUUGCAAGACCGAAGUGAUCCCAUAAGUGUUCCGUUUGUCAAAACAAAGUUUUGCAUGGAACACUAAAAAUUGCCAAGUGGGUCGAAUGUUGUAUUUGCUUCGAUUGCCGGGUUUAUAGUAUUUUUCAAACUCGAUGAAUAGGAUGACAGGUGUCAUCUUUAUAUAAUUUAUAACCUAAAAACGCCAAAUCUCGCAAAAUUGUAUUGAAAUGACAGCUAUAGUGAAUUUAACUGUAAUUGGGCUCAGUGUUGGCCGAAAUGUUAAUGCAAUUAACUAUUAACCAGUACGAAUUGAACCGUAAACUGUAACCGUCCGUUACGGUUUACGGUUCAAUUUAUACUGGUUAAUGGUUAAUUGCAAUUAACGUUCGGCCAGCACUGAUUGGGCUGAAUUUACCAACGAAAAAUUAUAGUUAAGUGACGUGUCAGGUCGUAUAUAUACUCUGGCAAAGCCAUUUUGUCAGUAGAAUAAGGCGGAAUUCAAAUUUUCUAUGGGAGGACAGCCCUUUGCGCCUACAUUUUUUAAAUUUCCCGCCUUUCUCUACUGACGGAAAUGGCUUGCUUAAAUCAUCAUGCUAUCUCUAUCGCACUUGCACGGCCUUAUGAAGAGGGAUUCGCAAUGGUAGUGCAGGUAGUAUUACGCAUAAAAGGUAUGGUACCUGACUUUUAUUCCACGACUCGCUACUUGGAGAUGCGGCAGGCAUAGUACUGAGUCAUCUUGGAUCUUGGAAGUCGAUUUCUUAUGAAACGAAAAUAAGGUAUUCGUAUAUAUAAAAAAAAAAUUACAUUAGUAAAAAUGAUCAGUGCCAACAACGCUCAUACGCGUUCAGAGCCAGUGAAGUCGUAUAUUCACUUAUUUUGAUCAAUUCAAUCGUUCGACUUAGCGUUCAAUAAAUUCCAUUUGAAUAUUAAAAAGACUAAGGACUGCUAUUAUUUGUUCUUAAUAGUGAAAUUCAGAAAGUUUAUUUUAAAUAUAGAACAGAAUGAUUACAGAUUAUUUGUCAGAACUGUUUUGAUUGUUAAAAACUUUAAAUAGAUGUGUUCAUAUUUUUUGCAUAUGAGGAUAUUUUUUUAGUCGGUUUUUUGUUCAGUGGGUAAACUUUUUGAAUAACAGAUAGUAUUUAAACUAAACCUAGGACCUAGAACCUAGAACCUAGGACGGAGCGAGCUUGCCAAUCUGUGGUAUAUAAUGUCUUCAGUAGAGAUUUAAGCUAGUGUGGUGUAUUUUAUUCUUCAUUCGAAGUUAAUCGUAACAAGUUGUUUCUUAUCCGAACGAACAAAAAUCAACUGUCAUGAUUCAGUAGGGGUAAGUGCUACUUCCAUACUGAAUCACGACAACGUGUCGUUAUUGGCGAUGAACAUAUAAAAUCUUUACAAUUUUUUUUUAUUUUACAAGGAAAUAUAAAAGAAUAAACGCACCUGUAGUAAUAGUGUAGUGCUAGAAUGAAUUGUUAAGUGAUCUUAAAACUUGAUGUUAAGUAUUAGUAAUCUGUUCACUGUACUGAUGUAAUAGGAAUUCUUAUAGUUGUCUUUCUACCUUCAAAAUCUUCUAAAAAUGGUAAAGUGAUUUUGUUACAUCAUGUAACUUAAACUUUAUUAGUUGUUUACUAAGUUUAAUACAAAAUAUAGUUUUCCUACAAAAAUAAUAAAAAUACCGAAAAUAGGCAAUUUUUUACAAUAAUACUUUCUAAAUAACUAUAAAUUAACUGUGCCAAGUUUUUCUUGGAUAUCUUACUUAAGGAUAAUUACUCUAAAACGGUCCGGGUCCAGGCCGAGGCUUUUGAGACUUCGUUUUCUAUGACUGCUCAUCACCUAAUCAGCGAUCACGUGUUUUCUAUAAAAAGCUGAAGUGUCGGACGCCUCGUCCCGGACGCGGAGCUUGUCUAGCGUAAGUCAUCCUUUAGUAAUGCGGUUUUAUGCCUAACGAUUAGCUACCCACAUUUAGAAAAUUAAGGCUUGUUGAAAUCUUAAAAGUGAAUUGACACUGCCCAUUAAAUUGAGAUACUUGUACUUCUUAGAUAACGUCGACCAAACUAGGUAUACUAGGCCGUAGAAUCUGCCACAAUAAGUUAAGAUUUAUAUUUAUCGUGUCAUGGUACUCAUGAUGUUCGGAAUUCAGUUAUUAUUUAUUGCUUGCUAAUUAAUACACAUACACAUAAAGUGAAAGAACAUUGGAAAUUAAUUUAAUAUUCAAUAACUGAAACAGUUAAAGUACAGAGUUCGACAUUAUAUUUGUAUCUCCUUGGAUUUCACGGGCCUAUAAAUCCCGGUCUUUUGAUAGGCUUGCGUGGGGAUAUAGAUCCAACACGUAGAGGCCCCUUGGAGAGUUUUAGUGUCAUGUAGAACGCCUGCUGGAACCCGUUACAGUCUCAACAAUAGACACCCAUGAACCGGUCGCAGCAGGCAUUGCAGCAUUGGGACGUAGAAAAAGUGAACAGUAUAACCGGUCUAUGGAUUGAAGUUUGGGUGGACAAUGAGACUGGGCUAUAAAUAAAUUUUGUAAAGCUUAUGUCGAAUUUGCGUCUUCUUUAGUUGAAAAAUAAAUAAAUAAAUGUGUACGUCAUUUAUUGAUUACUAAUUACUUUGAUUAGAGUCGACCUUAGAUCUAUAACGAAACCACUAGAUUUAUGUAAUAAACUAAGUACCUAUAGAAAAUAUGUUAUUUAACUUUUUUUGUAGAAAUCACACAAUUAAUAUACUGUCCUCGCCAAAUAGUAAAUAUUUUUAAGAAUAAAAUAUGACGAAUGAUGGUCAUUUGUGAGAUAAACCUUUUUUUGAAUAAAUUUUUCAGAUCUGUUGUAAAAAUAUAUUUUUGGUCAAUGGAACUAUUCCACUGUGUUGAAUUAUGUAAAAAUAUAAUGACAUUAUUUUUCUCAAUAACAUGUAAUACUCAAAUCUUCCAUUUUAUUAGCAAUAUGUAAAUAAAUAAUUCGUUAAGUAAGUGUUAAGUGAAUGUAUUUUUGCCCGAAUAUUUACCGUAAAUGUAUUUUUCCUAUUUUUAAGGGUUCCCACUGUAACGCUAAAGGAAUUGUUUGUUGAUAAGUUGUUUGAAAUGUAAUUAUUAUGUUUAAUUUAAGUUUAUAGUGUUCUUAUUAAGAUAUUUUUAAAUUGCGACGAAAAAAAAAAUUAAUUGUGGUUUUUUGUUAUGACAAUACAUUAACCGUUUCAAUGCUCAGCAACGAAUUGUUACUUUUUGUUGUUGUACCAACAUAUUUGUCGCGCCCGUACGUAACGCACGCGUGUCGUCAUGGGCAUUGAAUGGGUUAAAUUUUGUCUCAAAUAAUUACAUUGCGUGGGUGGUUCCCAUCAGCUCUGCGCAUCUUCAUAUGGAGUACAGGAACUCAAAAUUGUGUUAAUGAAUUCUUUAUGAUUAUUUUUCCAUACCAUUUAAACUUGAUUUUUUAAACUUACAAAUUGUUAAAUUAUACAGAAAAACCAUGUAUAUUUUAUUUAAACUGGAUUUUAGUAAACACGUCAUUUAUUAAAAAUCAAACAAUGUCAAAAUUAUAAUAAAAGAUCAGUCGUCGAUCGCUGCCCUGUAUACGGCCCUGUAGCGGCAAAUAGACGGGGACGACUCAGGUAGCCACAUAAUAUUGCAACACAUUCCUAUUCCUAUGGCAACGAAUUUGUUGCGAUAAAGGCAAUUUUGGGGCACCCGGGCGGAAAACGUCCGUCAGGGCGUCCCAGAUACCGCUGGAGUGACGAAGCCCUAAAAUACCUGUCCGCCCUCGGAAUUCCCAACUGGCGUGAAGUGGCGCAGCAUAGGGCAGAGUGGCGCUCUCUUGUGUCACAGGCAAAGAUCCAUUUUGGGUCACUGAGCCAGUGAAGUAAAGGCCAUUUGGCUGUCUAUUUAAUGCUGAUUGUACUAAUUUCCUAUCUAUUUCUCACCCUUUGCUCUUGCAUAGCGUUACAUUUAAAAAAAGUAAAUAAUUUUAAUAUGAGCCCUCCAAUGUUGCCAAUACUGUAACUGUUCUAACUCUUGCCGUUGAAACUUAAAAUAAGUUCUCUUUUAUUGUAAAUAUUUCUGCUAAUCGAUCCUUAUGUGUGUAGCAUUUUGUUAUAAAUUAAGUUUGUAUCAACUCUGAAAGUCACAUGUGUGAGGGAAAUAUGAUAUUUUUUUGGAGUUUUGUUAGUAACAGUAGAAUAAAUAAAUUAUACUCAUCCUUUUUUUUGGGUUAGAGUAAGAAAAAGACAGUUUAAUAUUAUUUCUUCCUAUGUUGCUGACUCUUGCCAAACUAUAAAUACACUGCUAGGUGAGCUAUUUGGUUAAUCUGUAGCCGCGAAAAGGCAGACCGACGAAUUUAUAAAUACUCAUAUUUUAUUAAUAAUAUUACAGGUCAGGCUUACAUGACUCAUAUAAAUUAAAGGUAGAUAGAAGAUGCUUUAGAAGAUGCUUUAUUCAAAUCGCUUAAUUUAGACUUAACUAAUGACGCUAACAUAGAUUGCUGGUUAUAAAGUAUAGAUAACUAUACAAGAUUCAUACAUUUGAGAAAAAUAAUUCAAUUAACAAGUCAAUUUUUGCGACAUUAUUCUCCUUCUUAACGUAAAAUGUCUACUAGUUACCCUAUUUUAGCCACAUGACGGCACAUAUGAGUCAAAAAGCUAAAGUCGCUUUUCAUUUGAAAGCAGAAAAUGAUUGCUACAAUAACAAGAUGCUAUAUUUCUAAGGAUUUAAUUUUACCUGUUACGUAAGUAUACUUUAUUAUGUAAGAUUUACAUGUUUGUCCGAAAACUAUUUUCUAUGUACAUUGUUAGAUUGAUCAGUUAUUAUUAGGUUAUUCUAUUAAAAGACUGAAAUCUAAAAU